GUUGGAAUGAAAAGAAAAACGUAGGUUUACAUAUUUAGCAGUUGCAGGCCUUUGGCGAUGCAGCAAAUACGAUAAACAGUGGGAGUUAAUUAGCAGUGUCUGUACGCGCGAACCCAACCCAAUCUCCUUUCGCACGAGAAACAGCGAACGAUAGCGGAAGCUCAGUCUCCACGAAAAUCUUCACUCUCUUUCACCUUCUGUUGGCUUUUCGUUUCCCUGAAUCUUCUGUGAGCUCCCUUGGAUCAUAUCCUGCUGUAAUGAAGCACAAGACCCAGUCCCUGUUCUCCACUCGGCGUCUUAAGCUCCUCCUACUCGUCCUCAUCUUACUUCUUGGCCUCCUCUGUCUCUAUUAUGGAUCGUCUUUCGCACCCGGCUCGCGCAGAUCUGAUGUGGAGGAAUCUUUCGGCUCUGAUCCUGGUUUUGUCGGGGCCGUCAUCAAUCACGAUUUGGAUGAUUUGCAUGAAGAUCAAGAGCUCAAUCCCGAGGUCCCUAAAAGCAUACCUUCAACUUGAGUUUGAUGGAGCACUAUGAGCGGCAUUGCCCCCCUCCUGAACGCCGCUAUAAUUGUCUCAUUCCGCCUCCUACUGGUUACAAGAUCCCAAUAAGAUGGCCAAAUAGUAGGGAUGAAGUAUGGAAGGCAAACAUACCUCAUACACACCUUGCACAAGAAAAAUCAGAUCAGAACUGGAUGGUUGUGAAUGGGGAUAAGAUCAUUUUUCCUGGAGGUGGUACUCAUUUUCACUAUGGAGCUGAUAAGUAUAUCAUUGCACUUGCGAAGAUGCUUAAGUUCCCUGGUGAUAAGCUCCAUAAUGGUGGAAAUUUACGGAAUGUUCUAGAUGUGGGUUGUGGGGUUGCAAGUUUUGGCGCAUAUCUUCUUUCACAUAAUAUCAUUGCCAUGUCACUGGCACCUAAUGAUGUGCACCAGAAUCAAAUACAAUUUGCGCUUGAGAGGGGGAUUCCAUCAACUCUUGGUGUUUUGGCAACAAAAAGACUCCCCUACCCAAGUAGAUCAUUUGAGUUGGCUCAUUGUUCUCGAUGUCGAAUUGAUUGGCUACAAAGAGAUGGAAUCCUCUUAUUAGAACUUGACAGAUUACUGAGACCUGGAGGUUAUUUUGCUUACUCCUCCCCUGAAGCAUAUGCACAUGAUGCCGAAAAUAGAAGGAUUGGAACUGCUAUGCAUGACAUUCUGAGAAGGAUGUGCUGGAAAGUUGCUGCAAAAAAGGAUCAAACUGUCAUAUGGUCAAAGCCAGUAAGUAAUAGCUGUUACUUGAAAAGAUAUCCAGGGACUCUUCCACCCUUGUGUGAUUUGGAUGAUGAUCCAGAUUUGACUUGGAACGUGUCAAUGAAAGCAUGCAUUUCCCGAUACUCUGCAAAGAUGCACAGGGAAAAAGGAAGUGGACUAGUUCCUUGGCCACAGAGACUUGUGUCUGCUCCUCCCCGUCUUCAAGAAGUUAGUGUCAGUGCAGAGGAAUUCAAAGAAGACAGCAAUUUAUGGCAGCUUAGAGUGGGAGAAUAUUGGAAAGAAAUGAGAUCUGUCAUACAGAGGGACUCCAUAAGAAAUGUAAUGGAUAUGAAUUCCAAUCUCGGGGGUUUUGCUGCUGCACUAAUUGAUAAAGAUAUCUGGGUGAUGAAUGUUGCUUCUGUCAAUUCAUCUGCAAAAUUAAAGAUUGUUUAUGAUAGGGGCUUAUUAGGAACUGUUCAUGAUUGGUGUGAAGCAUUUUCAACAUAUCCUCGCACCUACGAUCUUCUUCAUGCCUGGGCUGUAUUUUCAGAAGUUAAUGUUCGUGGGUGCAGUAUGGAGGAUCUAUUGAUUGAAAUGGAUCGAAUCCUUAGGCCAGGUGGAUUUGUCAUUAUACGAGACGUUCCUACUAUCAUAAACUAUAUUAGGAAGUUUGUGACGGCCCUAAGAUGGGAUGGAUGGUUAUCAGAAGUGGAACCAAGGAUUGAUGCUCUUUCCAACGUAGAAGAAAGGGUUCUAAUUGCAAGAAAGAAGCUGUGGGAGAAUGAAGCAGCAACAGUCUGAUUUUGCUGCAUUUUUCAGGCAAACCAAGUUCUACAUAUUUUUAAGGUCCUCAGCUCCCAAUUGAAAAUGAAGAUUGGAGAGCUUGGAUCCAUAGAUAUAUUUGCAGUGGCAAUUUUCCCAUUGACUCAACCCAGUAUCGUUGCUGAAGAUGAAGAUGGAAUGAUACCAAUUCCAUGACGAUACAAUCAUUUUGCAGAAUGCACGAGAUGAAGGAGACACAAUGACAAUAGUGUCAUUUAAAGAAAUUUUUUUGGCUUAGUUGCAUACAAGAAGAUUUCUAUUUUUGUUGAGAAUAUUUUUAACCAAAUAAUUUUAGCUUGGAAUUGGCUGGUAACUAUUUUGUUUUUGUUGUUAUUAAUGAGUAACAUCUUUAUUUUUGUCAUGUACAUCUAAUUUUAUUUUUCUUCAGAGAAUCUCAGUGAAAUUUUAA